AUGUGAUCGCGCUGGGAUCGCACCGCCAACUAUGGCCUUCCCGGGGGGCUUCAGGGAGUAUAUGGCCGUUAAGCGGCGUAAGCUCGAGGUCCAAGGACAGGAGAUUGCUGCAACAGGGUCUCAAUCUUCUGUCCUAACUGGACUAACAUUAUACUUUAACGGAUACACUGGAUCCAGCGAUCUGACAAUGAUUCAAUUCAAAGAACUGGUUCUUGUUCAUGGCGCAUUGGUUCGUGAUAAGCUUGAACCCGAUGUCACACAUAUUAUUGCAACACAGAUGACCGAUCAAAAAAUGAGAAAUUUGCGGAAGCCUGUGGUGAAGCCAGAAUGGCUUCUCGACAGCAUCAAGCGUCAGAAUCUCUUGCCAUGGCUUACGUACCGCCUUUAUACGGAUAUAGCUCCAAGCCAGCAGACUUUGGGUGGCUUCUUCAGUGGAGGGACAAGUCAGUCCAGGGAUCAGCCGUCAUCCACAAGUACACAUGGAGGAGAGGAUGAGCUGAUUACAUCAACAAAAGGCAGUUCGGAGAAGCAAAAAAUGGGCACAGCGUCGGAGAAGCCGCAGAUCGAACAUGUAGAUAUUGGGGAAGAGGCUAUAGCAGAUGAAGGUGAAGGAGAAGUUGAAAGCGAUGUGUCCGAAUCAGAAGAUGUGAGGACCCGACAGGGGGCAGAUCCGGAGAGUGAGUGGGUAAAGGCAAACAUUUGCACAGCCCCAGGAUUUCUCCAGAAAUUCUUCGCGUCUUCUCGAUUGCAUCACCUCAGUACAUGGAAGGGGGAGCUUCGAGAUUUCGUAUAUCGACAGGGACCACGUCGAAGGACGAAUGCAACAGCACACUCAAAACGCGUCAUCAUACACGUUGAUAUGGACUGUUACUUUGCCUCAGUUGCCCUGAGAGACCGUCCGCAUCUGCAAUCUUUACCUGUCGUUGUCGCUCACUCGGUUGGACUCGCCGGGCGAUCGACAGCUGACGUAGCCUCCUGUAAUUAUGUAGCGCGCUCACAUGGUCUAAGAAACGGAAUGUCUCUAGGGCGGGCUCGUGAAAUCUGUAAAGACCUUCAUGUGUUGCCCUAUGAAUUCGAAAAGUACGAAGCUUGCACGAAAGCGCUAUACAAUGUCUUACUCCGUCAAGGAGACGAGGUAGAAGCUGUAUCUUGCGAUGAAGCCUAUGUGGAUAUUACCUCGCUCAUCAAAGAAAGCGGGCAAGAAAUUCAACUGGCUGAAAAGCUUCGCGGUGAGAUUUUUGAGGUGACGGGAGGCUGUGCAGCAAGCAUAGGUAUCGGUCCGAAUAAGCUACUUGCAAGAAUGGCUACAACACGUGCGAAGCCAAAUGGCGUGUUCCAAGUAAAGCAAGAAGAAGCCCUUCAAUUUAUGGAAGGACAACUUGUGAGGGAGCUGCCAGGUGUGGGAUGGGUUCUGGCGGACAAGGCUGCUAAGAGGAACAUCAAAACUUGUAAAGACCUUGCUGUAUUAUCUCUCCCUCGACUUCAAGCCGACUUUGGGCCGAAGACCGGUUCAAUGCUCUAUAACGCUUGCCGUGGCAUCGAUAUGAGACCGCUUGAAAACAACCCAAGGCAAAGUGUGGGUGCUGAGGUGAAUUGGGGCAUCAGAUUCACAACUCAAGACCAAGUCGAGCACUUUAUCCGCGAAUUGAGUCAGGAAAUAAACAAGCGAAUGAAAUUGGCGUCAGUAGGUGGGAAAUUGUUGACGGUAAAAGCGAAAAAGAAGAGAUAUAAGGGAGAACCGCAGAAAUUUCUGGGCUGUGGGGAUUGUGAUAACCUAUCAAAGUCAUGGAAUGCGUCAAAUUGCAUUAAUAGCUGGGAGACAAUUUUUCGAGAAAGCUAUCGUUUGCUCUGUGAACUACAGAUUGAACCAACUGACAUUCGCGGUGUUGGUAUUCACGUAUCAAAACUAUGCAGCGAUUCCCUUCCUUUCCCGGGUCAUCCGGUACGUGAACAGUCUUUCUUAAACUUUGAGGGCGCCGCUACCGAUGCCCAGGAGCGGAAUAAUCCCCCUCCGCCCAAAUCGGAUGACAACAGGAAAACUCUCGGCGAGCAUAAAACCACGCUGUCUGAAUACGGUAUUAAUCCGGAGGAGAUUGACUUGGACGUUCUCAAAGAGCUGCCUGAGGAGAUUCAAGCUGAUCUUCUACCAUACCUUAAGGCGCGAGAAUCUCACGAUCGUCCUUUACAAAUCAAUGCCAGGGCAGGAUGUUCUUCCUCCACUUCAACCAGUAAGCCCAGUGAGGGUCAACCAUAUGACCCAUCGUGUCUGCUGCCAACUGCUUCUCAAGUGGAUCCAGAGGUGAUGAAAGCUCUUCCUGAUGAGAUACGAAAAGAUUUGGAAAAAGCUAUAGGCAUGAGACGCGGUGCGGCCGGAAGAAGUAUAUUUGGGAUGCGUAAUGCACCUAGGCGAGGAAAAAUCCUUGGCAAGAUUUCCCCAAGCAAAGGACAAGUGCAAUUUCAAUCUAGGCGUCAAUCCAUCACAUGCAAGGCCACUCCUGUCCCACGUCCAUCUCCCAGUCUUGGCGGGCAGUCAGAUUUUGGAUCUGUUCGCUGUAUGCUGGAAGAUUGGGUGAGCACUCGGUUGCCGCCCACAGAUGAUGAUGUGAACGCCUUCUUACGCUACUUGGAAAGUCUUGUCGAUGAGAUGGAACUCGAAAGAUUAGAAACCCUAUUAAAGUGGUUUUUAUGCAGAGUGGGGGUUGAAAAUUCGGUAAUCAACAGUAAAGGAAAAGGAAAUGCCGAAUGGUCCAAGGUAGCUGAGAUGUUAACAACACAUGUCAACGAAAUGGUGAAGAAGAAGUAUGGAUGUCAGAUCAAAGGACUGUGUGGGUUGCAGAGAUAGAUCUAAGUAUAAGAAUGUAAUUAUAAUUGUAAUAUUUAAAAUUGUUCAUGCAUAUCGGC